UUGUAUCUGGAUUUGCACAAUGAAUUCGGCCUUUCACUGUGUCUGGUGCAAUGUCAUCGCCUCCCUAACUGGCGUUUACUGAGUAAAUAUAAUACACACAUUCACAGCCUAACGAACGCAACCCCGGGUGUUAAGUCGAAAGUAAACGGAGAGGACAUGUAAAGCCAUCGUUUUAAAAAGGAGGAAUUGUAUACGCUGACUAAGGAGAACCCAUGAAGUUCACAUAUCGAGCCUUUCUUUUAUAAGGUCCUGCUGUAGUUCUGGUCUGUAUCCAGUCUCCUCUCUAAAUGGCGAUAGCACACCAGUUUGGAUUACUCUUGUGGAAGAACUACCUUCAGCAGAAGCGUCAGAUCCUGGUGACUCUUGUAGAGAUCGCCCUGCCCCUGCUCUUCUCGGGCAUCCUCAUCGUGCUGCGCGAGAACGUGCCCUUCAAGGACUACCCCAAUGCCACGCUCUACCAGAGCUUCUCUGUGGAUGGCCUGCAGUACCCACUGGACAACUACCAUCACUACCAGUUGGCCUAUGUGCCGGGCAACGCCAGUGUGGUGCGGCGGGUGGCAGAGGACGUGCAGCACAGCCUGGACCCCGUCAUCAGUUCAGUGCAUGGGUUUGAGACAGAGGAGCAGUUUGAGGACUUUGUGAGGAAGGACCCUCAGUCUCGGAAGGUUCUGGCUGCUGUGGUGUUUGAGCACUCCUUCACUCACGAUGAUGAGCCACUGCCCCAACAGGUCAGCUACCACCUGCGGUUCAGCUUUAGUCCCCGUAAUGCCCCGGCCAAGGAGAAGUCUGAGCUGAACAUCAACAAUGACUUUGACUGGCACACCCUCAACUUGUUCCCCCUCUUCCAACUGCCCGGGCCCAGGGAGCAGUACGACCUCCAGGGGGGCACGCCUGGUUAUUUCCGCGAGGGUUUCCUGGCAGUGCAGCAUGCGGUCAACCAGGCCAUCAUGCGUUCCUAUAACAGCACAGGAGCAGCCUGGCUCCUCUCCCACACCCGGGUGGUCCUCCGCCGAUUCCCCUUCCCGCCGUUCAUCUACGACGUGUUCAUCCUGGCCAUCCAGAACCAGCUGCCCCUCCUCCUGGUGCUGAGCCUCACCUAUACCUCUCUGAACAUCGUGAGGGCCGUGGUGCAGGAGAAGGAGAGGAAGCUCAAGGAGUACAUGCGGAUGAUGGGCCUCAGUAACUGGCUGCACUGGACGGCCUGGUUCCUCAUGUUCUUCCUCUUCCUCGCCAUCUCCAUGUUCUUCGUCACGCUGCUCUUCUGCAUCAAGGUGAGCCCUAAUGGAGCUGUGUUGACCUAUAGUGACCCCACCCUGGUCUUUGUCUUCCUGCUUGUCUUUGCCGUGGCAACCAUCAACUUCAGCUUCAUGAUCAGUGCCUUCUUCUCAAGAGCCAAUGUGGCGGCGGCGGCGGGCGGCUUCAUCUACUUCCUGUCCUACCUGCCGUACGUGUUCCUAUGGCCUCGCUACGACCUGCUUAGCCACGCCCAGAAGGUGUCUGCCUGCCUCAUCUCCAAUGUGGCCAUGGCCAUGGGAGCGCAGCUACUAGGCAUGUUUGAGGGCAAAGGCACGGGGAUCCAGUGGUGUAACCUGUUUGAGUCGGUGACGGUGGACGAUGACUUCUCCCUGGCCCAGGUGCUGGGGCUGCUGCUGCUGGAUGCCCUGCUCUAUGGCCUGGUGGCCUGGUACGUGGAGGCUGUGUUCCCAGGGGAGUACGGAGUCCCUCUGCCCUGCUACUUCUUCCUACUGCCGUCCUACUGGUGCAGCAGCCCCCGCAUGGCCAUGGUGAAGGAAGAGGAAGACGUGGAGAAGGCUCUGAAGGGAGAGUUCAUCGAGGAGGAGCCAGCCGGACUGGUCUCAGGAGUCAAGAUCAAACACCUGAACAAGGAGUUCAAAGUGGGUAACAAGACGCGGCAGGCUGUCAAGGAUCUGACAGUGAACAUGUUCGAGGGCCAGAUCACAGUUCUGCUGGGGCACAACGGAGCCGGGAAGACCACCACACUGUCCAUGCUGACAGGUCUGUUUCCUCCCAGCAGUGGCAGGGCCUACAUUAACGGCUAUGACAUCUGUCAGGACAUGGCUCUGAUUCGCCACAGCCUGGGCCUGUGUCCGCAGCACGACGUGCUCUUUGACAACCUCACUGUCCAGGAGCACCUGCUAUUCUACACACAGUUGAAGGGUUAUUCCCAGGAGAAGAUUCCAGCUGAGGUGGACCGGAUCAUCAGGAUUCUGAACCUGGAGGACAAGCGACAUUCCCACUCCAAGACCCUGUCAGGUGGGAUGAAGAGGAAACUAUCCAUUGGCAUCGGCCUCAUCGGAGACUCCAAGGUGGUGAUGUUGGAUGAGCCCACGUCGGGCAUGGACCCGUCGGCGAGGCGGGCCACCUGGGACCUGCUCCAGGGUGAGAAGCGCGGGCGCACCAUCCUGCUGACUACACACUUUAUGGACGAGGCCGACCUGUUGGGGGACCGUAUAGUCAUCAUGGCUGGGGGAGAGCUGCAGUGCUGCGGCUCGCCUCUGUUUCUCAAGAACAAAUAUGGUGCUGGCUACCACAUGGUGAUCGUGAAGGAUGCGCUGUGCAACGUGUCUGAGAUCACACGUCUGGUCCACAUGUACGUUCCCAAUGCCACGCUGGAGAGCAGUGCUGGGGCUGAGCUCUCAUACAUUCUGCCCAAAGAGAGCACCAACCGGUUUGAGCUGCUGUUUGCAGAGCUGGAGAUGAACAGAGAGGAGCUGGGCAUCGCCAGCUAUGGAGCCUCUGUCACCACCAUGGAGGAGGUCUUCCUCAGAGUCGGGAAGCUGGUGGAUUCUAGCCUGGACAUCCAGGCCAUCCAGCUGCCCCCGCUGCAGUACCAACACGAGAGACGCUCCCAUGACUGGACCAUGGACGACACCAGCAGCUACAGCGGCAUGACGGACGUCACCGACUUCACUGACAGCGGCACGCUCAUCUCCGAGGACUGCUCCAACAUCAAGCUCAACACCGGGACCAGACUGUACAUGCAGCAGUUCUAUGCCAUGUUUCUGAAGCGGGCGCUCUAUAGCUGGAGGAACUGGAAGGUGAUUGUGGCCCAGUUCCUGGUGCCCCUGGUGUUCACCGUGCUGGCCCUGGUGGUGGCAAAGACCUUCCCCGGGCGCCACGACUCACCGCAGCUGAGGCUGGCACUGGGCCGCUAUGGCCCCACCACCGUGCCCGUGGCCCUGGAGCCCGGCAAGGGACCGCUGGCAAUCGCCCUGGCACAGGUGUAUUCUUCACAAUUGGCCGCCCAGCAAGCCCAGGACGUCAAUAUUAGGGACUUCACGGAGUACGUGCUCACCAAGACCGAGGAGGAGGGUGGGGCAUUCAACGAGCGCUGCGUGGUGGGUGCAUCAUUCAGAGGCGGCACGGGGAAGUUUACCGAGGUCACGGCCUACUUCAAUAACCAGGGCUACCACACGGCCGCUACAGCCCUGAUGAUGGUGGACAACACCCUGUUCAAAAUGCUGGCCGGGCCCAACGCAUCGAUUAUGACGGGAAACAUGCCCAUGCCCCGCAACGUCUCCGAGAGCGCCCAGAGUCAGCUGACAGAAGGUCAGACAGGCUUUGCCAUCGCCAUCAACCUGAUGUAUGGCAUGGCAUCCCUGUCCAGUACCUUUGCCCUGCUCCUGGUCACAGAGCGUUCACUCAAGUCCAAGCACGUACAGCAGGUCAGCGGCGUCUACCUCUCCAACUUCUGGUUCUCUGCACUGCUCUGGGACCUGGUCAACUUCUUCCUGCCCUGCAUGCUCAUGCUGGUGGUGUUCCGGGCGUUUGGGGUCAAGGCCUUCGUAGCAGACAACCACCUGGUUGAUGUGUUAUUACUCCUGCUGCUAUAUGGCUGGGCCGUCAUCCCCCUCAUGUACCUGCUCAGCUUCCUGUUCUCCACCGCUGCCACUGCCUACACCCGCCUCACCAUCUUCAACAUCAUCAGCGGCACCGCCACCUUCCUCACCGUCACCAUCAUGACCAUCCCAGAGCUAUAUCUACAGGACCUGUCUCGUAACCUGGACAAGGUGUUCCUGCUCUUCCCUAACUACUGCCUGGGCAUGUCCUUCAGCCAGUUCUACCAGAACUACCAGUUCAUCACCUUCUGCACCCCCAACCCCGUGACCACGGCCUUCUGCCGUGCCUUCAACAUCACGUACCAGGAGAACUACUUCUCCAUGUCGGAGCCGGGGGUGGGGCGUUUCCUGGUGGCCCUGUCCCUGCAGGGUGUAGUCUUCAUCACCCUCCUCUUCAUCAUCGAGAUGCAGUGUGUCAAAACCCUCCGCCGCUUCCUCACCCACCUCGCCAGCAGACGUAAACAGUUGCCUCUGAUGGGGGAUGCGGCCCUACUGCCGGAGGACAGGGACGUAGCGGAGGAGAGGAAGAGGGUUCUGGAGUGUCAGCCCAUAGUAGAAUCUAUGGUGGGGAGCCCACUCAUUCUGCAGGACCUCAGCAAGGUAUACAGCAGUGGAGAAACAGUACUGGCGGUAGACAGACUCUCUCUAGCAGUGGGGAAAGGAGAGUGUUUUGGCCUGCUGGGUUUCAAUGGAGCAGGGAAGACCACCACCUUCAAGAUGCUCACCGGGGACGAGACUGUCACCUCUGGCGAUGCCUACAUUGACGGCUACAGCAUUCUGAGGGAUGUCAAGAAGGUACAGCAGCGGAUUGGCUAUUGCCCGCAGUUCGACGCUGUCCUGGAUCACAUGACAGGAAGAGAAACGCUGAGCAUGUAUGCUAGGCUCCGGGGGAUACCAGAGAAAUACGUGUCAGGCUGCGUGGAGAACGUGCUACGAUCCUUACUACUGGAGCCCCAUGCUGACAAACUGUGCCGCAGCUACAGUGGGGGCAAUAAGAGGAAGCUGAGUGCGGCUGUGGCUCUGAUUGGUGGACCCCCGGUCAUCUUCCUGGACGAGCCGUCCACUGGCAUGGACCCGGUUGCUAGGCGACUGCUGUGGGAUGCUGUGACGCGCACCCGAGAGUCUGGAAAGGCCAUCAUCAUCACCUCUCACAGUAUGGAGGAAUGCGAGGCCCUGUGUACCCGGCUGGCUGUGAUGGUGAACGGUCAGUUUAAGUGUCUGGGCAGUCCCCAGCACCUGAAGAGUAAGUUUGGCAGCGGCUACACACUACUGGCUAAAGUACGAGUGGACAAGGAGGUGGAGGAUAGCGACCUGCAACUCUUCAAGGACUUCAUCGAGAGCACCUUCCCAGGAAGUCUACUAACAGAUGAACACCAGGGCAUGGUGCACUAUCACUUAACUGACAAGACACUUACCUGGGCACAGGUGUUUGGCACCCUGGAGGCAGCCAAAGAGAAGUACAACAUCGACGACUACGCUGUGAGCCAGAUCUCCUUGGAGCAGGUGUUCCUCAGCUUCGCCCAGUUCCAGCACUGCAGCAGGAAAUAGAUACAGUGAGGGGGAGCUCCAUCUCUCUGUUUCUCUCUCUUUCUGUCUGUCCAUCCGUCGUGUGUAUUUCUCCACUCUGUGUGGCUGACCUGUAUACAUGGGCUCGACUAUGUGACGCGCCACUGAGCUAUGAUCAGGUCUUGAUCUACAUACACACAGACAGACACUGUGCAGUGAUGGAGCAGAGUUUGAAUCCCUGGACACCCGGUCUUCAACGUGGCCGUGUUACCCCAGCUCCCUCUAACCCCGCUGGGCUUGGACCGCCAACCAGACUGGACCUGUUGAUCCAAGCCUGGGUCUUAACCAUCAACCACUCCUUUCUCUUCUGUUCAAUCAGUUUGUGUGUUGGACAUUUAGGUCAGUACAGAGGCAAGGUUAGGGUUAGGGAGUUCUGUUUAGGGGGGGGGGGGUGUCUGCUAUACGACCAAGUAAGAAAUCUUAGAUGUUACCCCUUUUUUGUCUUUGACGUUUAAGACCAUGUAUACAACUGGAUACCACUGGAUAUGAUGGUCUACUCUGUAUAAUACAACUCAGCCUUGUGAAUGUGUGACAGGCAGGGUUGUGAAUGUGUGACAGGCAGGGUUGUGAACUUGUAUGCAGCUUUCUUUAUGAAUGAUUUUUGUCUCCUCAUAUGAUUCUUACUGUGAUCCUAAACAAUUGUGCACAGGGGGUGUUGUUCGUCACUGAUAUGAUUGAAAUAUACAAUGAAGCACUUCAAGUGAUGGAAUUGUAAAACAAAUCAACACAUUUUUUUCUUUAUUAGGGUAAAUGCCAUGCUAAUGCCAUGCCAGGGUAAAUGCUAUGCUCUAACACUUGCUCAUCAUUUUUGGUCGGAUGUAAAUGAUGUAAUAGAUUCAUGGUACUGAAGCCACUUCCUGUAGGAAAUCAUUAGUUUGGUUUGCAGGAACAUUAGCUAACAAUUGCAUGUCUGAAUGAACAACAACCUCUCUGCACUGCAUUGCAUGGCACACCAACAGUGUGCUAGGUAUUGAGAUGCCCUCAGACCAUCAUCGAAAUUCCUAAUUGCAAGAUUCAGAAAGAAAAAAGGUCUUGUUGGACUGUGUGGUUUCUAUCCUUAGCAUUGUGUCCACUGACUGAAGCACAACUUCCCUUUCUACGGGCUACAGUAAGUUUGAUGCAGUGUCAUAGUUACAUAAUCACUAUAUCAACCUGCUGAGGUACAGAUAUAUUAUUUGACUUUAAGGGAUAAGUCAAUGACCUUGUGAAAUCACUGAACUAUCCCUUUAAUUGAGGUGUUUUUUGGUUAGUUUACCCACACUAAUUUAACUGCAGCCUAAGCAUUUCAUGUUAACUUUAUUUGUUUGUGUGCUGUCCCUUUACUGCUGUCAAUUAUACUACUACAGUACUACAAUGUUAUUCCUGAAGGCUGAAACAAAAUGAUGUUUUUGCUUAUCAAUGUGUAGAUGCAUUACAGCUAUGGACCAAUGCACUGUUACGUCCUCUUAAUAUAGAGUUUAGAGUACUUUACUAUAGAGUAACACACCGUCCAGUCAACAAAUCAGUCACUUUCUUCCCGUCCAUUGGCUGUUUUGUUUUCUCAUUUGAAAACCCUUUCUUAAUGUAUUUGAAUGAAGAGGUUGAAUGAGAAUGUGAGGUUUAAAGACAAUAGCUUCCACAAGAAUGAAAGUAUUUCUGUCCAGACAGAGAAUUCCUGCGUCUUGUCCCAGCAUUCCAUUUAUACUUUUUUUUUUUGCUUUGUGGAAAAUGUUUAGGCCAAGUCUAAUAUUUAGUCCAAUUGUGUCUAGACAUGUUAACUCUCCUAUGUUCUCCCAAUGCUACACUGGUUGAUGUGGUUAUGUAUCUAAACUAUCAACAGUAGUCAUGGGAGCAUAGUGUAAACGUCUUAAAGGGGUAGCUGACUUUUUUUGUUGAUGUUUUCAGUUUAAAAAAGUAAACUGUCCUUUUUAAAAGAAUGUUUCUGAAAAUGGUUAACUUAUCAAUGCAACUGACUGUAAAACAGCCUCACAUAAGGACCAUGAAGGAUCAACUCUGCCCCCCCACCUCCCCUCAUAGCUCACUCAAUCUAGCAAGUUGACUUUUUUAUUUUUAUUUUUUAAAAGCACUUUUGAAGUAAACCUCCGCAACAAUGUCUGUUUCUGGGAUGGUUGAACUGAUAGGCAAGUGGUUACAGACUUAUGUUUGGAAGACAAAAAAUAUUGCUUAUUGAUUAUACAGGGCUCUGUCCUGACAACUUCUGUUUUUGUUACGUUUCUACAUAUUACAGAUGCUAGUUCAUCUAUGUGGACAUGUCUUACAGCAAGUAAAAGAGAACUUGAAAACAUUGUGAUGAUGAUGAUGCAUAUGAUUAGGAUGAAAUACAAUGUAUCAUAUUUAAAAAGGGACUCUUCAUCAUUGUACUCGUAUGUACUGUAUCAUGGAACUAACCUUGUCUACUGUAUAAUUACUGCUAUUAUUUUUUAAAUUAAAUUUGCUGUAUGCAAAUUGGAACAAAAA